AUGGAGGUUUCACAGGAGACAGACGAAGAGACUCUGAAAGAGCAUUUUGGGAAGUAUAGGGAGGUGAGAGAGUCUAAGGCUCUCACAGACAAAGUGACAGAUUACAGAAGAAGGUUCGGUUUCGUCACUUUUGCAGACCCAUCUGUAGCUGGCAGAGUCCUUCAAGACGAGCAUAUCAUUCUUGGAAGAACGGUAAUACAAGGCUACUCUCUUCUUUGA